AUGGCUGCAAGGUCCAAACCGCACUCAGUAGAUGCCCUUAUUGUUGGUGCGGGUCCGGCUGGACUCACAGCUGCACUCACCUUGGCUCGUCAACAACAGACUUCGAUUGUUUUCGACGCAGGAACAUACCGAAAUGAUGCGGCAGAUUAUAUGCACCUGAUUCCCGGUUUCGACCAUGUCCAUCCAUCCGAAUUUAGGGCUGCUGCAAGACAGAAUAUUCUUUCUAACUACGGCCAUAUCUCCUUGGAAAAAGCAGUGGUUUCAAGUGUUGAAAAGGACGCCAGCACAAAUAGUUUUAGCCUUACAGACAAGACCGGAAAGACGUGGAAAGGUAAAAAGUUGGUGCUGGCGAAUGGCGUAGAGGAUAUCUACCCCGAUAUUGACGGCUAUGGUGAAUGUUGGGGAAAGGGAAUCUUCCACUGUUUGUUCUGCAAAGGUUAUGAAGAAAGAGGUGGACCCUCUGCUGGUGUUCUCGCGAUUGGUGGACUCUCAAAGGCACCCGUCGCCCUUCACGUCGCUCGACAAGUAUCAGCUCUGAGCGAUAGCGUCACAUUCUACACAAAUGGUUCAGAGGAAGUAGGAAGGGAUAUCGAGGCCGGGUUUGGAACAGCGACAGCAAUGAAGAUUGAUACACGGAAAAUCAAGUGCAUCUCGAAAUAUUCUGACCGGGCUGGAGUAUCUAUCGAGUUUGAAGAUGGGAGCAGUACAGUUGAGGCAUUCCUCGCCCACACCCCAGGGACCAAGGUUCGAGGACCAUUCGCAGAACAAAUGGGACUGGCACUGGCUCCUAGUGGUGAUAUAAAAGCCGGCCCUCCUUUCUAUGAAACAAACAUUAAGGGAGUUUUUGCGGCGGGGGAUAAUUGCGGGAUGAUGAAGAAUGUGCCACAUGCGAUUUUCUCAGGUUCUUUAGCUGGCAUGGGUGUUGCUUCUCAGAUUAUGGCGGAGGCUCUGGGACAGAAACCGUUGUUUGGUUGA